CACAGCUUUUCUAGUUUCUACUCUUCCAAACCUUCUUUUUCUCUUUUAUUUAGUUUAAUUUCGCACUUUAAAUUCCACCUACGUUUUGGCGUUUUUCACAUGCUUUAUCAUUCGACUAACUAUUCUUUUGCAUAUAUAAUAAUACCUUCUCAACCUUCUUCACUACGAAUAAUCCUUUUUUCUCUCUCUUUUUUCUGUGCUCUCCCUGAGAAAAUGGCCAAAGUACAAAGUGGCCAAGCGAGUGAAGGGAUUAAGCUGUUUGGAACAACGAUCACCUUGCAUGGUAGAGAAACAAGAGAAGAUGAUAAAGAGAGUGAAGAGAAGAAACCUGAUAGGAUCAUACCAUGUCCAAGAUGCAAGAGCAUGGAAACCAAGUUUUGCUACUUCAACAACUACAACGUUAACCAGCCAAGGCAUUUCUGCAAGGGCUGCCAGAGGUACUGGACGGCCGGCGGAGCCCUUCGCAACGUACCCAUAGGGGCAGGUCGCCGGAAGGCCAAACCGCCGUGCCAUGACCCUACAGGAUUUCUCGACGCGUCCACGGUUCAACAACAAUUUGGUUUGGAAGAUAAGUUGAUCUUGGAUCAAUGGCAUGUUGCCACCAUCACUCACGACGAUUUCCGGCAGUUUUUUCCGUCUAAAAGGCGGAGGAUAAACUCAGGCGAGCAUGAAAGUCAAAAAGAGUUUGUUAUGAGGCACGAAAUCACAGAAACAUAGGAAUGAGAUAGAAAGGAAGGAGUGAAUAACAUGUUUGAAUGCUGGAAAAAGUACACGGCAAAGGAACAAAUGGUGUUGUAAUUAUUGGGGACGUGAACGGCUGAGAUUAUUUGUGAGUUAGCAAGAUGUUCUAGAAUUGGCACAAAAUCUAUA